UCUACAAUUCGAUGAUAAAGUAAUUGCUGUCGUGACUUGCAUUGACAGCAUUAGACGUCCAACCCAUUUGAAGUGUGAAGGAUGGCAACCAAUGAACAAGUGGUCAUUCGCUGUCAUCGUCCCGCUUCAAUUGCAUCAUUCAAAAUGUUGAAGAAACAUCAAUUGCAGUAAAGCGGUCUGAUUUAUUCAGGAGCAUAAAAUACCGCUUGAAAUAUGAAAUGGGAUUUUUGUGUGUGUGUGUGUGUGUCAUAAAUACACUUUAAAAUGAAGUCAAAACCAGCCUUUUUCUCAACCUGGAUUGGGACAUCUACUAGUGAUAAACGGAUUGAAAUUGGAUGUCUAUCAUCGUCUUUGAAAGGCCAGCCAGAGCUUCAUUUUCUAUGUUGGCGUGCGCAGCUGCUGUUCAUCUUGUGUAGAAGCUGACGCACGUGUGGAGGGACGGCUGUAUUUCUUCUAUAUCAGGCUUUUGCUGGAAGUAAGAAAAGCUCUACUUCAUGAAGAUGAUCAUACGGCAAUUCAUUCCUCUUUUUCUGCUACUUUUUAAAGUCAUUUGCGGAGAGGACAUUGACGUCUUCAUCGCGGCGGGCGACACGGCCACUCUGCCCUGUCGGAUGUCAAAGUCAAACCACUCUUGCCGGUUGUCGUCGUCCCCCGAUUUGGAAUGGACGUACGCUUCGGGCUACGACCUGCCAAUAAAGGAAGUGAAAGACGGGCGAGUUGUGAUGCACUCGUUCAGAAGCGGGCGCCUGAGCGUGAAGGACGACUGCUCGCUUCUCAUCCGGGGGGUGACGACACACGACGCCGGUCUCUUCAGGUGUAAACCGGAUGAUCCGAAUGAAAGAGUUUUCUUGACGGUGAUGACACUGACAUGGUCACCGUGGGACUCCGAUCCAAUGAAAGACGGCGAAGGGGACCUGAAUUGUUCCGUGGCCUGCUGGCCCGUCGGCAAGUGUGGUUGCGGGCGGUUCCGCUGGAGGGACCGGGAAAACCAGCAACUUCCAGAAGAACGUUUUAGCAUUCGUAGGAGCCCAUGCGAGUCCACUUUUAAAGUACUUCCUGUCGACAAUGGCCGCAACUACACCUGCCAGUAUGUGAGGCAUCAUGUGGUGCAGAUCCGAGCCUGGCACGCGUUCAACUUCCCGAGGGUGAACCAAGGAGUAACGAGUGCUGUGCCGUUUGAACGCAGAGAAGGAGAAACGAGAGCGGUGCCGCUUGAACGGAGCGUGGUCAUCGGGGCAAUCGUGGGCGCCCCGACCCUCGUCGUGCUCUUAGUCGGGCUCUUCGUCGUGGUGUUUACCAAGUUCAAAAGGAGCGCGAGCCAGGAUACGAAUGUCAUUUGAGUUGCCCGAAGAUUCCGUCAAGGAUGGAAAUGUGAACUCAUCGACUGCCAUUGACAUCCAAUCCAUUUGGAACGGGCGGGCUCAAUGAAGGCUCGUUCCUGUUGGCUCUCCCGCUUCAAACAGAUUGGAUGUCUACUAAAGUAGUGAUCAACUCAUUUCAAUUGACAGCAGACAGAUGAAAAGACCAUUCAUCACUCCUACCAACAUGGCCGCAACAGUCAAAUUAAGGGGCAGUUUACAUGGCGACUCUGCGACACAAAGACACAAUGAUUGGGUAGCGGAAUAGCCUUGCGUGCAUGCGGUGUCGGCGAAGACGAAAAAUUCUGAAUCCUGCCUCCAAAGUGGAAGAAUUCGAUUACGGGGUCGCAACGCAUUCAAAUCAAUGGAAACCGCCUUCGCUUCGAUGACGUAAGCACUCGCGCACGUCACUUGGCCGUGCGCAGCGGUGCUAUUAAACAUUAAAAACAGCAAAUGGCGGAACGUCGGCUUUAAUAUACUGUUUUCAUAAUAUUUUUAACUAUGUUGAAUGUUUCCAUUUUUGUGACUUUUUGAACAAAAGAAAAGGCCAUUGCUUGGAGAGAGCGGGCAUGUUGUCUUCCGGGCUGAGGAGGUCAAAGUGCAUCAUUCGCUGUCGCCUUGUAAAUCUGCACUGCUCCCUAGGGCCUGGCAUGAAUACUACAUCGUUUUCAUGCGGAAUUGUUCAAAUGGAGACGGAACCAUAUAAAUGCAAAUAUGACAUUUUUCAUCUUCUUGGAGAGUCACCAUGUAAACGGCCCCUCAAUCAAGCCGCUUUUUUUUCCGACCAAUUUUAAAAGAUUUGAUCGAUGAUAAAGCAUGGGCUAUUUACUUUGUGGCUACUAUUAAUGGCAAUAGACCAAGGGCGUCAGUUUGCAUAGGGAAGGUAGGGACAUAACACUAGCAACUUUUCAGGGUGCUGAAAUUGUCCCCACCAACUUUUAAGCAGCCUUAUUUGCAUUAUACAAUGAGUUCAGUUAUAAAGGUAAUUUAGAUUGUCUUCCCAUGUGUUGUGAGGAUUGAAUUGAUCUUACCAUUAUUAAUUUCAUUAUGUUCAGACUUACAUUUACCCCUUUUCACUUGCUAUUUAGUAGUGCUGGUCCAUUUUUUUCCCCUCUCAAACGCACGUUUGAUCGGCUGAUGGCUAGAACCACCACAUUCACACAAUCCCGACAGAAAUGCAUGUCAAUAUCCCGCCUCCUCCGCCCCAUUUGAAGAGGGAUAUUAACUCAUUCGCUCCAAGCCAUUUUCACCAGGGCAAGGCCCUUUGCUCCCGGCUGUUUUACUGGAUUUUGACUGAUUCUGACAGAAAAUUCUGUUCUAUUGCUAUAUAAACAUGGAACCCACCAAAAGAAAGAUUAGACUCUCUUCUUUCAGCAGAAAAAAGUACGUUCAUAUCUUUUUCCAUUCUUUAGAAAUCAGCAUUGGAAAAUAGCUUAGUUUGAGCAAUUUUCCAAUUUCUGGUGAAAAAAUGGAGAAAAUGAGCUUUUUGAAAACGCAAAAAUUUCAAACAUAAACGCUAUUUUUUGCAUUAGUUACAUCCCAAACAUCUGAAUAAUGUUUUCUUUUUACAAAAUAUCAUAAAGAACAAGAGAAAUAGAGCUUUUGAUAGCAAAGUAACAAUUUAUUUACACAUGACUAAAUGAGAGCUGGCGCUGUUGUCGCCGCGUCGGCCGGGUAAACCUUUCCCUCAUCGUCGUCUGUCUCAUAAAGAUGGAUUUUUUUGAGUGUCUGCGGGGUCUGCUCGGUGAGCCCGCUGCACUGGUGGUCCCAGUCGUUUUGGUUGGUCGUCCAGCGGCUGGCAUUCCGGGCAUCCUCUCGGUUGUUUAGCUCGGUCGUCCGCCGCCUGGCAUCAUUCCGCCAGCGCUCCGACCGUGCUGCCCGGCCUUUCAUUGCUGUUGAAUCGGGUUGCGGGUCUUACCAAAUGCGCUACUGCCCUCCAGUGGCCAGUUUUAUUGCUUUAAAAUAGGUUGUGAGCUUUGUUCUUUUGUUUCUUAGAUGGAUCGGAAGCUCUAGAUCACUGGUGUCAAACUGACUUCAUAAAGGGCCAAGUGGGUGCAGGUUUUCUUUCCAACCAAUGAAGAGGACACCUUUUGACCAAUCUGAUCUCUUACAUGGGUGAUCAGUUAAACUUUGUCAGGUGCUGCUUGUUUCAACAGAAAAUUCAUUGGUUAAACUGUUUGCGCGGUAUCGGUUGGAACAAAAUCCAGCACCCACUUGGCCCUUUGUGAAAUUGGUUUGACACCA